GGCAGAAAGUAAUUCUCCUCCACCCAAUUGCACAAUCCAAUCACAGCGACAUAAACCUAUACACAAACCUUCAUAAAUCCACACCUAACUCCACAUCCAGCAUGUCGCAACCCAACACGCCAUCACCCGAAAUCAACCCUAACAGCACACCCAGCAUCAGCUCCGCCGCGCAUACCUAUCAGCUCGCCAUGCAAACACAAUCGUCCUCCACACCCCCUUCAUCCACACCCUCCGGCGUCCUCCAAAUGCCGGGCGCAACACGCGAUGUGGUUAUGGAAGAUGCUCCUCUUCAAAGACCUGCAUCUCCAGCGGCUGCAAUUCUCCCACCCACUGCUCAAACCCAAUCACAAGCGCAUUCUCAUUCACCCAUUUUACCCCCCUCGCAUCAAGCUUCCACUUCAUCUACGAACAUAAAUCGCGAAACUGCUUCCCCAGCGCCUGUUCCUGCGCGCACAAGUACGCCAGUACCGAAAGUAAAUGGGAAUGCGGAGAAGGAAAACUCGUCGAGAGCUACUAGCCAACAUCCUGAUACGGGGCCGUCGGUGCCAACUGAAGCAAGUGUGCAUGGAGCGCCGGCAAGGGUUUAUUUGAAUCAGACUGUUACGGGAAGUUUAUUAGAGGGCAUGAAACUAUUAGCCAAGGACCAACCAAAAGAUCCUUUACGAGUAUUAGGAGAGUUUUUGUUAUCAAAAUCCAAGGAGUUGGAAGGAGGGAAUUAACAAUAGAUGGAGUUUAGUUAUAAUACCCCUAGGCAUAUCAAAAUAGUUUCUAGAUGGGCGUUCAAGGAGUGUAAAAUCACGUUGAAUUAAUUGGACA